UUUGAAAGCUUGAUAUUAUACCCACGGAAUAAUAAACCUGUGUUUAUUUUUCCGUGAAUAUAUCUAACGACACGUUUUUGGCUUAAAAUGUGUAUUUAAAAACAAAUGAAUGACAGAUGUCAAAAGCAAAUCUAGAUGUAAAAAAUGUCAAUUUCUGUUUUGUGUGUGUAGGUAGGUAUAUCUACUUACUCCUACUAUCCGAUCCACAUUUUCAUAUCUAUAGCACUAUGAAAAAGAUAGGAUUUGAUUUAUAAAAUUUCGGUUCACUAAAUUGCUCCUAAUAUUAUACAAAUGAAAUAAAAAUGGAAGUUGUACCUCAGCCCCUGCUUCGGCAAACUUUGCGGAACACUGUUGAAGAUCUUCCUGAUGAGGUAUUGGAGUUCAUAUUGGGAUUUUUACCACCCUAUAUGGAUCUUCAAAAUUGUAUGACCGUGUGUAGACGAUGGUUUAAUUGUGCCCAAAAUGUCUUGCGGAAAACCUCGAUGAAAUUGAAUAAAGCUGUAGCAGAGUUCAAUAUAUUAUGGAAGAAUAUUGGUCCUGCUGAUAUGGUUCCAACAAUAACAAAAAGAUUUUCUCAUGCAGCUUGUGUUCUGGAAAAUAAUAUGUAUAUUUUUGGUGGUUGUACAACAAAUGCUACAGCAUUCAAUGAUCUCUGGAGGUUUGAUUUGUCCCGGAGGCAGUGGAUAAGACCACUAGCAACAGGAACAUAUCCAGUUCCUAAAGCAUACACAACAAUGGUUCACUAUAAAGAUUAUUUAAUAGUAUUUGGUGGUUGGACUUAUCCAUCCCCUUCUCAAUACUACCAGAGUGUUUACAUGUUUAAUGAAAUUCACUUUUACUGCAUUAACACUAACAGAUGGAUACUUAUAAACUCAGUUAAUAGUCCACCGCCCAUGGCAGGUCACUCUGCUUGCAUGAAAGGUGAUGAAAUGGUAAUAUUUGGAGGUUUGGUUGUGGUUUCUGCUCAUAAUCAUGAAAUACAGUGUUCCAAUGAUGUUUGGGUAUUAGAUAUGCCCUCAUUAACAUGGAGAAAGCAGCCUACAACAAAACCAAGACCAUCUCCGCGUUAUGCUCAAUCACUCAUCCGAUUAGAUUCAGACAGAAUACUAAUAAUAGGAGGUGUACAAACUUUGCAAAAUCGAUUUGUGUACAGUGAUUGCUGGGUCUUGACUAUGAAAGGCCCGACAUGGACUUGGAAAGAACUUGCAGUAAAAAAUAAAGAGUGGGCUUCAUCCAAUAUAUGGUGUAACCCUGCAUGUCGUGUUGGAGACAAGGUUGUAAGCUUGAGCCGUAGCAGAAACGGUUGGAACUGUGCCAAACCUUUAGUGACAUCAGCUGUCCGCUUGUCAGCCUUAAGCAGGCCUGAAGGGGCACCUGUGGCAGUUAGGGUGGAACAAAGUUUACAAAGGCCGUUAGAUAGAGAUCAAAAUAUAAAUGGCAGAAGAGGUGUGCUACCUAGACAUGCAGCUGCACGGCAAGCUCAAGAUGCCUCUAAUGAACCUAUUGCAGGUCCAAGCAAUGAACAAGUAGGAAGUCAAGAUUCAAUCCCUAUGAAUGAAAAUGCUAGGCCUGAUAACAGUCCUGCAGGGCCUAGUUCAGAAAAUAAACAAGUGGAAGGAUUGGAUUUGGGUAAAAAUUCUCCAAAAGAUCCAGCUUUAAGGAGAAAUAAAAAUAAAAACAGAGGGAUCAAGAUAGUUCGACAGCUACAGGAAGCUAAUAAAUACAGAAUGGCUGCAUUUGCAUGUGACUCCUCACCAAAUAUAACACCACCAGAAAAUGAUCUCAUUAAUCAAAGACAAAUUGCUCACCUAGAAAACAGAAGAGACCCAGAUCCUCCUCAACCAAACCCACAACAAAACAAUGAAAGGCAGCCUGCAGCCAAGAAAAUUAAAAGGAAUACAUUGACUAUGCAUGUAAUGGAUAUCUCAAGUGUUAUAGAUGGAAAUUCAUACAAUUAUGUCACAUGGUUAUGUCCUCGGCUAGGAGAAAUGACUGGAGCACCAGAAGAAAUAGUUAUGUAUUCUUUAGUGAAAGGAAAUGGAGAACUAAUUAUGUUUGGUGGUGUUCGAAACGACAUUACUCUUUUUAAUUACAGGCAAGACCAACAAAGUAUGUAUUCAAAUUCCAUAUUCUUUAUUACACCUCCAAGGGAUGUUAUAUGAAUCUUUUAGUCAACACAAUAUCUGAUUGUGUUCCUUUGAAAUAUCUUUCUUUUUUCUUAUGUUUUGUUACUGUUGAUAGAUUCUGAUUGUAUUAUAUAUAAUAUAGUUAACAUGUUACCUACAAAAGCUUUCUCAAAAAAUCAUGUUAUGCAACAUUAAAAAAGCAAAGUGUAAUUGCUUAAAAUAUAAUUCAUUGUACACCUACAUAAUUAAAAUAUCUAUUACAUUAUAUAACGAAACAAAAAUGUGUUCUGUGAUUUCUGUUGUAAAUAAAAGUCUAUUGUGUAUAGGGUGUGUAAGUAACUAAGCUUAUAAAAUAAACAGUUGAUUUAUUAUUGAAAAUAUUAA